UGAAACUCCUCCAUCAGGACCACAGGAGGCUGGACCAGGCUGCUCCAUGGACCCGCCUGCCUCCUCUUAGAGUCUCAGCAGAUGUCUGGAGGAGAGGAGCCAUGAAGCCUCUCUGCUGUGUGUUUCUGCUCCUCCUGCGGAGCGCCGAGCUCCGCCACGUCCUCACGGCUCCGGACUUCCAGGCGGAGGAUGCUGCAGGUUUGGCCGCGGGGACAGGCGCGUCUCUCCCGGCGGAGAGGAGCGGACAGAACCGGACCGAAACUUUCAGCCUGAAGCGAGUCACCCGAGGAGCCAAAGAUGGGAGUUUCAGGAGAAGAGACCCUCUUUCCCACAACAGUCCUCCCCGCCGACACGACGACCCGAGCGGCUUCUUCACCACGCCGCGGAGCCACCGCCACACCUCCGCCCCGCGGACCAGCGCCUCCGCGGGGUUCCUGAACCCGCUGCUGCCGGUCACGGACGCCUCCUACUGGGCGUACGCGGUGCUGCUUCUCGCGCUCGUGCUGUUCGCGGCGGGUCUCGUGGGGAACCUCGCGCUCAUGUGCAUCGUGUGGCACAGCUUCUACCUGAAGAGCGCGUGGAACUGCAUCCUCGCGGGACUGGCCUUCUGGGACUUCCUCGUGAUCUUCUUCUGCCUGCCCGUGGUCAUCUUCCACGAGCUCACCCUCAAGAGGUUGCUAGGAGACCUGUCCUGUCGGCUCGUGCCCUACCUGGAGGUGACCUCUCUGGGCGUGGCCACCUUCAGCCUCUGCGCUCUGAGCAUCGACCGUUUCCACGCCGCCACCUCGCCCGGCCCCCACCAGGCUCCCAGGGUGGAGCCGUGCCGCUCCAUCCUGUCCAAGGUCGCUGUGAUCUGGCUGGGCUCCAUGGUCCUGGGCGCCCCUGAGCUGCUGCUCUGGCAGCUCGUCCAGGAGACCGUCAGCCUGUCCGCGCUGACCUCUGACCCCCAGCAGCUCCAGCCCGCCUCCCUCACGGCUUCGCUGAGAGGCCGGACGGACAGGUUUAAGGUGGACGUCUGUGUGCGGGAGCCGGCGGCGGCGCUGCCAGAGGGCGUCUACGCUCUGGUCCUGACCUACCAUGAGGCCCGCAUGUGGUGGAUCUUCGGCUGCUACCUCUGCCUGCCGCUGCUCUUCACGCUGGCCUGCGACCUGGUGACGCGGCAGGUGUUGGCUCAGCGCGAGCAGCACAAACCAACCGGUGAGAAGGUGGCCAGCAGAUGCUCCUCCUCCUCCUCUUCGUCGUCCUCCUCCUCCUCGGGGAAGAAGAAGCAGCACGUGAGGGAGCAGAGGCUGCGGACGGCCGUGAUGGCGCUCACCGGCCUCUACGUCACCUGUAACCUGCCUCAGACCGUGUGUCACAUCGCCCUGGCGUACGUGUCGGCGCCGGUUCUGGUUCUGCCGGCGCUGGCUCUGGUGGAACAGUUCCUGCUCUUCAUCCGCUGCUCGGCGACGCCGGUUCUGCUGCUGUGCCUCUGCCGCUCUCUGGGCCAGGCCUUCAUGGACUGCUGCUGCUGCUGCUGCGAAGAGUGCCUCCCUGACACCAGCUCCUCUUCCUCGGCCUCAACCGCCCCCACCUCCACCCUCCCCUCGCCCUCCUCACCCUCACCUUCCUCCCUCUGCCCCUCUGGCAAGGAGGAGGCGAUGAAGAGCGUGUUGCCUCCAGAACCGGCGGCCUGCGAGGCCGUGAGAGACGCUGCCGCCGCCAUCGGGACGCCCUGCUGAGCUCAGAACUCAGAACCGUUGUUUUCCACAUCGGGGUUGUCUGGGGUAGUUUAGAGUAAUCAGCGUCUUUUACGCAGUCUGAAGAAUUCAUUCAGUGCCGUUCAGCAAAGAUAAAAGUGAGCAAAGAUAGAGCUGAAACAUUUAACUAAGUCUAAAUGAACAACAAACGAAGCCGGAAAUAUUUGAUUAAACCUAAAAGUUUAGAGUUGAAGCUGUUUCUACAUGCAGCCUAUGCAACAUUUUCCUCAUUCACCAAACGGAGAUUGCUCUGCUAAGUAACUGCUGCAGGGAAGAUUGCUUGAAGCUGCUCCACACAACCCUAUUUUGGAGGAAAAAAAUGAACUUCUUUGGUCUUAUUUUGGUAUUUCUGACAUUUUGGUUAAAAUCUCUAUUGGUCCUGAACCUUUGAGCCCAGGAACUUUCAACAUUUAUUUUAGAAUCCUGUAAUUAUGCCAGAUUUAAAACAGUCGGAUGGUUUUUCUGUGUUUUCUUGCCUCGUUGCUCAAUGUUAGCAGAAAACAUGAGCUGCAGAGAAGUUUAACACGGGAAGCCUCCAGAACCUUUGGUGCUGUCUGAAAAUGUUAGAUUAUACGUCGUGUAAUAUUUCAUAAUAAUACGACUGAGCCUUGCAGAAAUCAAUGGUUUUCUGGCAGUUAAAGCCAGAACCUCAGAGAUAAAUUUUAAAAACUUUAAUUAUUGUUUUUCAGUUUUUUUCCUUCUUCUUCUUUGAUCUGGAUGAAUUAAAAGUUAUAGAAACAUUUUGUUUGUUUAUUCUGACCCUUUAAAGACAGAAAAUAUGGACUAAAUGAAGCCAAGAAGUGAUUUAUUUUGUAUUUUGUAUAAUAAUCUUUUCAAGAGAUUCUAGAGCAGACAGUCAUUUUACUUUUGAUAGAAAAUUACAUAUUUUAGAUGAAUUUCGUUUUUUAAGAUUGUAGAUAAGUAUAAUUGUUUGUUGUUUUUUGUGUUCCUACUGUUUUCUAAUGUUUGUUCAGGAUGUUCUCGGUACUGUAUGAAAACUAACUGAAGUUCAGUAUUAUCGGACUGGAGCUAAACUGAGUUAUUCUGAAUUAUGGCUCAUUUUGUUUAUUUUACAGCCUCGUUUUGCUGGUUCUUUUUUUACAUUUUGUUUCUAUCGUUUCAAUAAAAAUGUGAUUGAGUCUUUUCUGCACAAUCACAGAUUCAUGGAA